AGCGCGGGGUCUUUAUGUCUCCACUCUCCCUUGGGUUUAAAGCCGACUCUGCUUUUCUCCACCUCCAAACCAAUAUUCAAAUUCCGAAAUUCUCCAUUCUCUUCCCCAAAAUCUCAUAUUACCAUUUUAGGAUUAAAUUUUUCCAUCUCUUCCCGGAUUCUAGGGUUUGCGGAAGGCCUGGAUUUAAUCAAAUCGAUUGAGGUAAGGGGAAGGAAAUUAUGAAAUUCGGAGAGGCUUUCACGGAAUACCUGCAUAACGAACGAGAGCGCUACUUCUUGGAGAAAUGCUCGCAUGUCGAGUAUAAGCGCCUCAAGAAGGUCCUCAAGACUUGUCAGACAUUCCAUGAUGAUGAGGCUGAACAAGAAGAGGCGUCUGUUGAUCCUGAUGAUCAAAAUCAGCUGUCCUGUCAAUGUCAAUCUUGCCCUGUGUGUGAUCAGACAUUCUUCUCAGAGUUGAUGAAGGAAGCUUCAGACAUAGCUAUAUGCUUUAAUUUGAGAGCCAGACAUCUACUCCAUCUCCAUGUUGCUACUGGAAUACAAAGAUACUUACUGCGGUUUCGACAAUGUUUCAAGUAUGAUCAACAAGCCAUGGUUGAAGAAGGGCGGAUGCUGAUUGAGUAUGCUACAAUGAACGCACUUGCUAUCAGAAAAAUCCUUAAGAAAUAUGAUAAGGUACAUUGCUCUGAAAAUGGCAAGCAUUUCAAAUCCAAGUUGCAGGCUGACCAUGUUGAGCUUUUGCAAUCACCUUGGCUUAUAGAACUAGGUGCCUUUUAUUUGAAUCUUGAGGGAUCGGAUGGUGGAGAGCUUAAUGAGCUUUCUAGUCACUUUUCUUGUGAUCUUGAUGCAACACCACCGAUAAUGGCUUUGAUUCUUCCCGACUCUCUAAAGAUGGAAUACGAUCUGACUUGUGCUAUAUGUUUGGAGACUGUAUUUAACCCAUAUGCUUUGAGCUGUGGUCACCUUUUCUGCAAGUCUUGUGCUUGCUCAGCUGCUUCUGUGUUUAUCUUCCAAGGCCCAAAAGCUGCAGACUCAGAUUCAAAGUGCCCAAUAUGCAGAGAGACUGGAGUGUAUGCUAAAGCAGUGCAUAUGUUAGAACUAGACCUGCUCCUGAAAAGAAGGUGCAGAGACUAUUGGAAAGAGAGGUAUACUGCAGAACGUACAGAGACGAUGAAGCAAACUAAGGAGUUUUGGGAUUUACAAGCCAAAUAUGCACUGUAUUGAUUGAUUGAGGUGCUCUUAUCUUAAACCAACAAAGAAAUGAAAGCUGCAAUGUUUUUAAGAUCA